AUGGCCUCCUCCAGUUCAUCCGGCCCGCCGCCCGACAUGUUGCUCGAGGCUCUCAUACCCGGCUACUCUCUCUUUUCUCGGAUGGUCUCUCUAUACACUGGGAUUGAUAUCUCAUUGUAUUCAGUCUAUAUCCUCCUUUUCGCUACUUUAUUGGCCUUUGCCCUAUUCGUGGUUCCCGUGCUCCUCGAUCAUCUUCGCCAGUUUCUCCUUUUUUUCGCCGCGUCGCUCGAGGUCAAGUACCACGACCCGCUCUACAGGCAGAUUCUACAAUGGGUCUCGGAUCACGACUCGCUAAGCCGAACCCGCCAUUCAAUUGCCGGGAUCAGAACAAGCUACAAGUACGACGACGAAGAAAUGGAGAAGAAAGCGGAGGAAGAAAAGGUCACAGCCCAAGACCAGGUGGACAGCAACUCGCCGCGAUUUUGGCAGCAGUUGAGCUAUAUGAACAGAGUAAAGCCGAUCCGCUGCACGCCAACGCAAGAGAAACUCCAUGUCUUCACAUACAAAGGGUCUCUGGUCGCCCUUCACCGUGACCCUCAGCCCAGUCGAUACAACUCCGACCUUGCCCAUGCAGAGAGUCUGCGAUUCUACGCCGCUCCGUGGAACCAACGACGCUUACGGGAGCUAUUGUAUGAGAUUCAAGAGCUAUCUCUCCAGCGCGAGUGCAAUCACGUCACCGUCCAUAGAGGGAGGAGCGUGGGCGAUGAGAUGUUUUGGGAAUCCGGCCCGUCAAUGCUCCCCAGAGACCUCUCAACGGUGAUCCUUGAUGAAAAGAUCAAAACCGCCGUCGUGAACGAUAUCAAAAUCUUCCUCUCUCCCAAAAGCCGCAACUGGUAUCGAUCCCGUUGUUAUCCCUACCGGCGAGGAUUUCUCUUCCACGGCCCACCAGGAACAGGAAAAUCGAGCAUGUGCUUCGCAAUCGCCAGUCUUUUGCGUCUUGAUAUCUAUACCGUCAGUUUCAAUUCGAAAAACCUGGAUGAGGACACCCUGGCUUCUCUCCUACAAGAGCUUCCAAAACGAUGCGUACUUUUGAUUGAAGAUAUCGAUAGCGCAGGGAUUAAAAAACGCUCAUAUGACGAAGACGAAGAGUCAUCCGUCGAUGGCCGGGACAGAGGCUCCGGGCGGCGUGGAAUCUCCCUCUCUGCACUCCUCAAUGCCAUUGACGGCGUUGGUGCCCAGGAAGGCCGCAUUUUAAUCAUGACCACCAACCAUAAGAACGUCCUUGAUGCCGCGCUGCUUCGACCAGGCCGCGUUGACAUGGAAGUCAGCUUUGGGUAUGCGGAGGAGCCCAUCAUUCAAAAGCUUUUCCUUGCCUUUUAUGGGAUCCCGGACGAUGGCCAGCGCACCGAAAGUUCCCUUUCCGUCAAAAGUAGCCGUUCGGACAAUGAUGACGCGGACUUCGUCACAGAGCACGAUGAGAGUAAAAUCAGAUCGCUUGCUGUGCAGUUUGCAAAGCAAGUUCCUGCUGGCGAGUUUACUCCUGCGGAAAUUCAAAAUUAUUUUUUUAUCCACCGCGAAACUCCGGACGCGGCCGUGGCAGGGGUCAGCCAGUGGGUCAAGAGCAAACAGGAACCUGGCAAUAGAGCCGAGGAAGAAUCCGAAUCAGAUGCUUUAUGA